UCUUUAAUCUUUUGAUGUGUUGUGAUAUUUUAACAAAAUUGUAAUAAAAUUGUUAUUAUUACUUCUACAAUUUAUUUAAUACAUACAUUCUAUUCAAAAGUCUUAUCUGAGUACUAUAACAUAAAAGAAUAACUUGCAGAUGAAGUGUGCAAAUGGAUAGGCUGAGCCACUUGCGGGGAGAAGCGGGGGGCUCGCGGGACUCCACGCUCGACACCACGUCCCCGCCGAGCGAGUCUUUCAUGACCGCCAACGAGAGCUCCUCCAAGUACUUUUCUCUGUCAGAAGUAGACUCUGUUGAUUCAUCUUUCGACAUUUCUUCUAUAAAAGAUGUUUCACUGGCCAGUACCGCCACUGAUACCGAAGGGACCAUAACAAAUGCUGACGAGCUGAUUUCAAAUUUAUCACCAAUUGGAAAGAAAAGUGAUAUGCUAGAUAGCUACAAAAUUGGUAAACAGAUUGAAGCAGCAAAUAUUUUGUCAGGCGGUGUGGAUAUAUUUGAUGAUAAUGACAAUUCUUAUGAUGGAGAUGAGCUGGUGAUUGAUGACAAUGUUGAUGUUGAUGAUAAGUCUAAUUCAGAGAUGAAGCAGUCAGAGGAAAUGCAAUUUAAGUCUGAUGAGAAUAUGAUUGAGUCUACAUUGAUAAAUGAAGGGAUGGACAUAGCUAGUAAAGAUACUGAAGUGGUGCUACAAAUUGAUGGUAAAAACGUAGAUGCUAUAGAUAUUGGUAAUGGAUUGUACUUGUAUAGGAAGGAAGGGCAGGAGGAGCUGGCUGCAGUCCAGAUAAUUGACGAUGAUCAACAGCAAACCAGCUUCAAGUUCCUGAAAGUGCGUGAAAACGCUGAGGGUAAUUUAGAAGUUUAUGAAGAAAUAGAAAUAGAAGUACCUAAAGAAGUGCCUGCAAAAGAAGGGAAGAUGCCUGAAAAGAAGACAUCAUCACAUGUGCCUAUAACCGAUAUCAAUAAAGUUAUUAGUGAGUCCGGGUGCAACAAAGUUGCUGAAAGAAAAAAUAAGGUCCCCAGAAAAGAACCUAUUUUGACAAGAACAGAGGUUGAAGUUGACAGUAAUAAAGAAUCACCAUCUGAUGCUAAAACGGAGGUGAAUAUAAAUGGUAAAAUGAUGAAAUUCAGUGAAUCAAGGAAAUCUCCUGUUAUAGGCAGUUAUACAGCCAUGACAUACCACUCAACACCCAAUAAAGAACGCAUACCAUUGACUAAAACGAUGGUUGAUCAACAGCUGCAUCCCAAUAGACAUUCAGAUAAUGUAAAGAAAACAAUAGAAGUUCAUACUGAUAGCAGCAAGCAAAGAACUGUUGAAACACCAACUAAAAAUAAAGAUGUUAGUGAUGACACUAAAAAUGUUGAUGUCAGUGAUGAUAGUAAAAAUGCUGACGUUAAUGAUGAUGGCAAAAAUGUUGAUGUUAAUGAUGAUGGCAAACAUGUCGAUGUUGAUGAUGAUGAUGGCAAACAUGUUGAUAUCAAUGAAGAUAACAAAAACAUUGAAGAAAUAAUAAGUGAAAAAGAACUGGUAAUUGAUGAAUCGCUUGAAACAGUAGAUAUUCCUAAAGAGGCAGACAAGGAAAGUAAAGUUGAAAAGAAUGAAGAAAAAGAUAAAACUAAAGAUUUGGUGCCAAGUACUGAUGAAGUGUUAAAUGAAAAAUGUGAUGAUAUCAUAGAACUUCCAGUUGAACAAGAAAAUGUGGUUGAUUCAACAGAUAAAGAUAUAAUUAGUGAUAAAGCAAUAAUUAAGGAGAGUGUUGAAGACGUAAUUGUAUGUGAAGAUAGUAAAGAAGGAAAAAGUAGUGAGAAAAAUAUAAAUGUUAUUGAGGAAAUCGAGGAAGAUGUUGUAAUUGUAGAAGAAGUUGUUGCAAGUGCAACAAAUAAGGUGGAAAAAAUAGAAGAACCUGUUCAAGCGGAUAGUGUUGAGAUAAAAAAAGUGGAUGAUGUAACAACAGCAAUUCAAGUUAAAACAAAACAGUCUGAGCCUGUUAAAAUAUCUAUAGAUGAAGAUAUGAAAGAAGUUGAUGUUUCUAAUAAAAAAAAUAAUGAAACAGUUACAGAAGACAAUACUCAAUGUGAUAAUGAAGAUAAGACCAAAGUUGAAGAAAUUAUUUAUGAUAUAACAGAUCAAGAUAAUGAUGACAUUAUAAUUAUUGACGAUAGUGAAAUAGAUGAUUCCAAGAUCGAAGAUAAGACAUCUUCAGACUUAAAAGUUGAAGCCCAUAAACAAAGUAAUGUAGAGUCUAAUGUUCCAAAGGAAAGUGAAGUUGUAUUAAAAGUAAAUGAAUGUCCCGAAGACGAAAAUAAAAAAGAAACCAGUGUAACUCCUGCGGUCAUUCUCGAGACGCAUGAGGUACCACUUAAAACAAACGAGACACCCGUGUCAAAUGAGAUUGCAAAGAGUAGUCAAUCGAAAAUACCAAUACCAAUAUCAAAAAGUGAAUCAGUCACAAGCGAACCAAUUAAAAGUGAGACACCGGCUAAAGAUCUUGCCGUACCUAUUGUUGUCAAUGAAGAAAAAGUUGAACUAAAGCUUGAAAGUUUGAAAGAAACAGGUCCAAUAGAAAAGGAAACCAAGGAAGUAGUCAAACAUAUUCCUGUGGCUGAAGUACCAACCCAGCCUUACAGUAAAUUAGAUAAACCUCAAAAAGUAGAGACUAUGGUGGAUAAAAGUCAAGAUAAACUGGUUUACGUACCUGAAGCACUAACAAGUAAAAUUACAGCUCUUAUUUCAUCUACUAUGACUCCGAAAACAGAAGUUAUGCCUAGAAAAGAAAACAAUGUACUUGAUAAAUCUCCCAAAAAGUUAUCUAAGCCCUUGGCUGAAUCUCAAUCUAGCAUAAUGCCUUUAAAAAUUGACAGUGUCGCCAAUAUAAAAGUAGACACUUCUAAGAAGCCUGUGGAGAAAAGUAGCAAAGUGCCUAGUAGGGAAGUUCAAGAGCAAAAACCGACCGUCGAAGAAACAUCUCAACAUAUCUCUGAAGUUAGUCCUCAAACUAACAGUAAAGACGCUGAUAUGAAAACAGCCCCAAAAGUACCUAUACCUGAAAAACAGAAUAUAGUCAAAGAGGCAAAAAGUUCAGUUCCAAAAGAAGAACAACCAAGUUGUUCAGGCAUACAGGAUGUCAGCAGCACAUCGACAGACAGUCUUCCUUCACAAAGUGGUGACAACAAAAAUGAAACUGGAGAUGUUAGGGAUGAUUCUAAUACGGACGAAUCGGGGGGUAGCAAAGAAGCAGUGCCUUUCGGAAAAUGGACAGCGACCAACAGAAAAGAGUUCUUAAUUAAAAUUAAGACCAGAACUACGGUAACACCCGCCGUACCAUCUACAAGCAGUAAUCAGCUUAAAAACACGAAUGACCUUAACAGGCGAGACGUUCUCCAAAAAAUUGAUAGCCAAAGGCAACAGUCAAGCAAUGCAGCAGCUCUAGCAAAAAAUCAAGAAGCCACUAAAAACGUUAAAAACGAGACAGCAUUUGUCAGCAAAACUAACUUGAUGCAGAAGAAGGACAAUGUACAAGAAGCUAAGGUUCUUCCUAAAGCCGAAAUUGAUAAAGAAUCAUCUGAAACUGUUGUUGAAAAAGUUCCCGUCAACCAAGAUGUUCCAAAUAACCUUCAAAACGAAGUCACUGAAGUUGCAAGUGUCAAGAAAGAUGGUGCUCAACGAGCAGAAGUAAAUUACCAAGACUUAAUUGAUAAAACAAUCGAAGAUAUGAUACACAGAACCGUAGCUCCUACAAAAUCUCAAGAUGAGCCAUGUCCGACCGCUGCGAAAGAUUCCAAUGUUUCACAAAGUGGGAAAUUUCCACCGAAUCACAAACCAACUGAUCAAGCUACGCUGGACGAAAUAGAAAUGAAAAUGAAUGAAUUGCAUGGCAUACCAUUUAUCGAAAGACCUGCACAUGAAUUACCAGUUGUUCCUGUAGCCGAGACUAAACCAAAAACAUAUUCGAAGGUUGAUAAAGAAAAGUCAACCAUUCAUAAUAAAACUUCAAAAAUACCGAAUCUCCUACCUUUUUCAAAUAAAAAUCCGGCAAAAAUUACUAAAGAUAAUGUAAUAGAAGUGGACUCUGAAGACGAAGUGAUAGAGCACGAACCUAUUACAGGUGAUAUUGCUGUAACUAAGAAAAAUGUUACUGCUAAAUUACCUCCGAAAGAAAAAGCAAAAUCUUACGCUAUUAUAGAAAAACCCAAACAAGAUACUGGUAAAAAGGAACCUAUUAUCACAGAAAAAGAUUUUGACAAGUUCGCGAGACGUAAUUCUAAAACUUAUGAAAAUUGUCUCACUAUGAAUUUGGAUAGUAAAGACCCUCGUAACGUUAUUCAAACAGUAGUAGAGAAAGAUCUGUAUCCAAAGAGUUAUUCUAGAAAUGAUAUUGCACGAGUUGAUCCUAAAGCCAAGGCACCGUACAAGUACCAAAACAUGCGUCCCAAUGUACAACCAGCUAAAGUACAUGGACCUAAAGUGGGUACUACUGCUAACGAAGAUUCUUCAAAUAGAAAUCAAUCUAAGCUACAAAAAGCAUAUCAUUCGGCUUUGUCAGCCAAACGGCAAUUAGAGGGUCCUAUUACUAUUAUAGAGGAUAAACCAGUAAAGGUAGUGUUUAUGGAUAACAUGGAGUUUGUUCCAAGCCCACUUAAUCUUCAGGGACAACAACUUUCUCCCGCUAAACAAUUAGUCACUGAAUCUGAUAAUUUCACUGUUAGCACUCUUGAUUCUUUAGAAUCUGAAACGGUAGAUACAACUGAAGAUUCUAAGGUACAAGAAGAAAUUAAAACAAAAUCCAAACAUCAGAGAAAACAAGUUUUAACCCCUGUUGACGAACCAGAAUUAGAACUAAUUGAACCUAAAGACUUGGGGCUUGAAGCAUCACCUAAGAAGAAAAGAAAAACUGAAGAAGAGAAAAUAGAUAAAACAGUGAAAUAUCCGAUGCGAAAGAAGUAUUACCUUCUUGGCUCUAACACAGUAGCCGAUGAAAAAUAUACACACUCAACGGAUGUCAUCAAAAAUCCUCUCAAAGAGACUGUAAAUCUAAAUGACAAUGGGAUCUCGCACAAGAAUGCCGUCUCAGCUAUAGACAACUUAGUAAAAGCUGCUGAACUACUAGAACAUCAAUCAGAGAACAGGAACAUUAUCGAUUCUCCGAAUCCCGAUAGUCAACAGAGCACCCCCGUUAAAAGAGGAAGAGGCCGUCCAAGGAAAUAUCCGCUUCCAGAAGGUGGUGUUGAAAAGAACAAAGCACCAAGCCCACAAAAGAAACCUCGAUUAAUAGAUGCCAAAGUUCCUAAACGUGAUCCCGUGACAACAACCGAUGACGAUGAUGACGACAGCGAUGAUGCAAUCAUCAAAGAAAAUUGGACAAUGGGAAAAAUCAAUGAGAACAUAGUCUGCCCAAUAUGUAACAAGUUGUUUAGAACUGAGAACGUAGUUUUUAAACACGUGAAACAUUGUACAGGUCCUUCGCCAAGUCGAUCUGGUUCAGAUAAAAGAAGCCCCAGGAGGAUGAGACCGUCACAGGAAUCUGAUGCUAAGUCUCAAGGUAGCAAAUCUGAUGACAUGGAUCUUGAUGAUGAUAAACCUCUUGUUGUUAGAAAAGAAACUCCGAAGAAACGUAAAUCUAAGGACUCUAUUGCUAAACCUGAUGAUAAAGACGAAGUUAUCGUUAUAGAAGAUACGCCACCAGUUAAGGAGAAAACUGAAAGAAAAGAAAAGGAGACUGAUGACAGAAAAACUCAUGAAUCUAGAAAACCUAGAGCAAAAUUAUUCAACAAAGGUAAUGAUCUGGUUUGCGAGUUCUGCGGUAAAACAUUUAGACAAUUAUCUUAUUUGGUGAGUCAUAAAUUACAACACAAGAAAGAGGAGCCGAAGAAGGUAGAGAAGGAAGCUCCUGCCGUGAUCAAAUCGGUGUACAGCUGUGAAGUCUGCAAGAAAGAAUUCAGGAAGUUGCAUCAUUUGGUUCAGCAUCGGAUUAUUCACAACCCUAGCUCAGCACCCACGAGAACUCAGAGAAAGAGUUCUUCGGAGCAAUCCGACACCAAGAUUGAGAAAGAACCAAAUAGUUCUAAACACAGCGAAGAUGCGAGUGCUGGUUUUCGUUGCGAACCCUGUGACAAAUCUUUUAGGAAAUUACAUCAUUUGGUGGAACAUAGGGAAACCCACGAUGGUAUAAAUAGGCAAAAAACCACGCCAGCUGUUGUACAAAAUAAUGUCGAAAAGCCUGUGACUUUACACCAAUGCGAAGUUUGUAAGAAAACAUUCAGAAAACUGCAUCAUUUGAUUGAACACAAGGAGCAACAUGUAGAAACUAGUUCAGAAAAGUCUGACGAUAAGAGCGUUAAGAGUUCUUUGUCAACCAAAGAUAUAAUACACGAGUGUUCACUUUGCUACAUGGUGUUCCCUAACGAGCAUUCCCUAAAUAAACACACUAUUAUCUGUCAAAGGAAGAAAAGGCAGUCAAAACAAGCCAAACCAGUCGAAGGCUCUGAAGCAGGAGAAUCUGUUGAAGACUCAAGUGAGUCUGUUAAAGUAGAAGAAAAGAGUGAAAAUGUUGACACCGCGAAAGUAAUUGAGGAGAGAGUAAUAAAGGAAGACGCGCACAAAAAAGAAGUUGAAAAAAUCGAAUUACCUGUAGAAAAGCCGAAACCAAUUGAAGAUACACCUGCAGAAGUUGUAAAAGAGAUACAAAGAGAAAUAGAGACUGUUCCACAGAAAAUUGAAACCAAACCCGUCGAACCACAAGUUACGCCUGCAAAGAGAAGUUUUUCGGAGACAGAAAUUGUCAAAACAGAAGUAAAAUCCGAAAUUCCGGAAAAAAUAAAAAAGGUUGAAGUCUCUGAAACUAAAGUCCAGGACACACCUAAAAAGAAAUCCCCGAAAGAGAAAUCUACACCCAAUGCAAAUAAACGUCUCAAAUCUACAGCACCUGUACAAGUUGCCAGUCCCGAGGACAAUAAACCAGCAGUAGAAUCGAGUGACGACGAUGAAGUUAGAUACAUGCUGAAUCCAAACUUCCAAGUCGAAGACGUAACGGAAGAAAAAGUCUUCAUGAAAGUUCGAGCGAAUAAACGUAGUUCACUCCAAAUAGAACGGCCGAAUUCCAAAGAUUUAGUUAAGAGAAGAACAUCUUUACAACACCCGCCUAAAAUUCCGCGCUUGAAACCGAAACCUGUAGAACCAUCCUCUGUAAAAAUUGUAGCCAAGACACCUAAAGUAGAACCAUUGCCUUCGACUGACUCUGAUGAUAGUGAAACCGUGAAAUACUCUUUCCCAAAAACCAUUCCUGAAAAAUCUACGAAAUCUGCACAAGAUCGCACACCUCAAAAGAAAACCUUAGCUGAUAAGAGAAAGUCGUUGAGUGGGAUAGCAAAGAGGAAAUCUUUGGGAAAAGUCGUCUCAGUCAGGCACAAACCACAAACGUUACCCGUGAAACAAAUCAAAAGAAGAACAUUGGAAGUGGAGCACAGAUGUGACUGCGGCCAGUUGUUCAGUAGCGCGGCGCUGUUGUCGCGGCACACGACGCUGGCGCACACUCCGCCGCGGAUACGGCGCCGCCGGUCGCCGCCGCCCGACGUCAAACCUGUCAUCAAACCAGCGCCCCGCAAGUCAAGCCUUGCCGACAAGCCUAAACAAGCUCCGGCUUCUAGAAAGUCAAGCACACGAAGCGAUAGUAGCACCUCUACUAGCACAAAAUUGAACAAACAGGAAACAAAACCUACAAGAAAAUCGCUUGACAAAGACACGAAGACUCCGGCAGAAGCGAGGAAACCUAAACCUGAAAAGUCUGAAGCGAAGUCCAGCGUAAAACCGAGGAGGACGGGCGCCCACCGGGGCGUGCCCGUGCCAGAGAAGAUGAGGAAACUUAUGCAAAAGAAUAACAAGUAGAUAUUGUAAUAAAUUGAUUGGUUCGAGUUAUGAAGUUGGACUGAAAAUGUUCCCUAUAUUUCGGGAUGUUAUUAGUAAGGGGACCGCUAGUAUGUUUAGAUAAUAUCGCGCAUCACAAGGCUCACAAUCGUAACAAACGGACCAUUGUUAAAUAAAAAUAUUUUUACACAUUUGAUGGAAAUGGUACAUCAACAAACAAUAUUUUUAUCGUGAGUCAGUUAGAUAGGCGUUGAUCUUGUCUAUAUGUAAAUGAGAACUUAAAGUAAUAAGUAUAUUUUGUCAAUUUGUUCUAGAGUUUAGAUAUUAUAUAUGUAUAAGAGUAAAUAUUUAUGUUUAUUAGAUCUAGGCAUAAUAAUUUUCGUUGGCAUUAUCGGUUAACAUGCUGUACUUUUCAGUUAAACUGUAAAUGUUCACCAUUCAAUGAUUUAUCGAAUUGUUUUUAAAAUGAUAUAAUAAGCCUAACUAUAUUGCGAGAAGGUGCAAAACUUAAGUUUUAAAAUGAUAUUAGAAUAACGGAGUUCUUAAUGAAGUUUAUAAAUAUCGGCAGUUUUGAAAUGAGCUUAUUAUUGAAAUUGUUUACACAUAAUUAUAUUGAUUUGAAUGGAUUUGUAAUAUACAAUGCUUAUAAUAAUGGAUAAUUGAGCUUCCCGAUCGUGGAGUUUGGGUUAUUUAGUGCUUCGUAGUAUGUUUUCAUCAUUAUUAUAAGGGAGUAGAGGAAUUUGAGUACCAGAGUUUUCGUAUAAUGUAUGAAAUAAUUAAAAACAACAGCACCUCAAUCUGAUUAGUUUUUUACUUCGCGAGUACUUCCGAGGUAACUAUUUUAUAAUAUAAAUGAAGUUAUGUAGUUCAAUACCAUAGGGUGCGUCAGAGGAAUCCAGUAUUUGAAUAUUCUGGAUAAUACUGUUAAAAUUAAAGCGUUAUUAUUUAACCUUUUGACCGCCUGAGUCCUGUUUAUAAAGAUGACAAGC